AUGGGUCAAACAUUGAGUGAACCUAUUGUUGAGAAGCAUUCUCAGAAGGGUGGUGAUGAUACGUUAUUGUUUGGGUUGUCAGAUAUGCAAGGAUGGCGUAUUUCUAUGGAAGACUCACAUGCAGCUGUACUUCAGUUAAAUGGUAGUUCUGGAAAGGACAAAGUGAGUUUUUUCGGUGUAUAUGACGGCCAUGGGGGUGAUGCAGUGGCUCAAUAUAGUGGUGAGCAUGUUCAUCGUAUUAUAUCACAAGAUACCUCUUUUAUUGCUGGUGAUUAUGAAAAGGCAUUGAAAAAUGGGUUUUUGAAUACGGAUAAAGCUAUUCGUGAAGAACCACGGUUUAAGGAAGAUCCAUCGGGUUGUACGGCUUCUGUUGUUUUGAUUACGGGUGAUGGACGUAUUUUUUGUGCGAAUGCUGGUGAUUCAAGAUCUGUUCUUUGCGUAAGAGGGGAAGCAAAGCCAUUGUCAUUCGAUCAUAAGCCCCAGAACGAAUUAGAAAAAGCACGAAUUUGUGCGGCUGGCGGGUUUGUUGAUUUUGGGCGUGUGAAUGGGAAUCUUGCUUUAUCUCGUGCAAUCGGUGAUUUUGAGUUUAAGAAAAAUGCUGAUCUGCCUCCGGAACAACAAAUUGUAACAGCAUAUCCGGAUGUCACACAACACAUUUUGGAUAAAGAUGAUGAAUUUCUUGUUCUUGCAUGUGAUGGUAUUUGGGAUUGUCAAACAUCUCAGGCAGUAGUAGAAUUUGUAAGAAGAGGUAUUGCAGCAAAACAAGAAUUGCAUAAAAUUUGUGAAAAUCUUAUGGAUAAUUGUUUGGCGAGUAGUAGCGAAACCGGUGGUUUAGGAUGUGAUAAUAUGACCGUAAUUAUUGUUGGAUUCCUUCAAGGAAAAACAAAGGAAGAAUGGUACGAUAUGAUUGCAAAGCGAGUAGAAAGUGAAAAUGGGUCUUGUAUGGUAUCAGAAUACGCAGAAUUUGAUGAGUCUGAGUAUUCAUAUAAUCAUUGGAAUAACAAUCAUCAAGUAGAAAAUUAUUAUGAAGAGAGUAAAGAACCUGAAACACAAAAUGAAACAACAGUGUCUUUUGAAAAUAUUCGAUUUGGUUGUCCUAGUCGGAUUUUGGUUUUGGAUGAUAAUUCUGACUUGCUAAGUGAUCAUGAUGAAGUACUUUCGGAGAUCAAUGAUUGUAUGGACGAACUUGAAGAUGAACCUGGCAUAGAAUAUGAUAAACAUGAAGAAAUAAAUAAUUUAUAA